UCGUUCCCGCGCAUAUUUGAAAUUCGCUUACCAAAGACAAAUAGAUUUGCCUUUUCUACACUUCUUUGGGAGAUUCUAGAGGAGAAUUCUGUUCUUCUUCUAGUCAUUGAAAAUUUGAUCUGUUUUGCCCCCCUAAAGCCGCCCUUUCAUUGAGUAUUUUGUUGGUGAAACGGCCAAAAAAACAAAAUGGCGAUGCAAGAACGAAGACGACAACAAGGUCGUCAACAAGAGGAAGAAGAGGCUGAAAUGGACGCUGGCGGACCCAUGAGUAUCAAGAAACUGGAAGAGAGUGGGAUCAGUGCCAGUGAUGUUAAUAAGUUAAUGGAUGCUGGCUAUCACACGGUGGAGUGUAUAGCCUACUCAGCACGCAAGGCAUUGCUACAGAUUAAGGGCAUCAGUGAUGCGAAGGCUGAUAAAAUCAUUAAAGAAGCUGCCAAACUUGUACCAAUGGGUUUUACAACAGCUACAGAGUUUCACAUGAGGAGGUCUGAACUUGUUAUGAUAACAACUGGAUCAAAAGAGCUUGAUAAAUUACUGCAAGGUGGUAUUGAGACUGGUAGUAUUACUGAGCUGUUUGGGGAAUUUCGYACUGGAAAAACACAAUUAUGUCAUACUUUAGCAGUAACAUGUCAGCUUCCCAUUGAUAAUGGCGGUGCCGAGGGCAAGUGUCUUUACAUUGAUACUGAAGGUACCUUUAGACCAGAGCGAUUACUGGCUGUAGCAGAAAGGUAUGGUCUAUCUGGGCAAGAGGUUCUUGACAAUGUGGUGUAUGCCAGAGCAUACAGCACUGAUCAUCAACAAGAGUUGCUUGUUGAAGCAGCAGCACUUAUGUCUGAAUCAAGGUUUGCCCUGAUCAUCGUUGACAGUGCAACAGCUCUUUACCGYACAGACUAUUCUGGAAGAGGAGAACUUUCUGCCCGGCAGAUGCACAUGGCGCAAUUCCUAAGAACACUUCUGCGGCGAGCUGAUGAGUUUGGUGUAGCUAUUGUAAUAACCAAUCAGGUGGUUGCACAAGUAGAUGGUGCUUCUAUGUUUCAAGCUGAUCCCAAAAAACCUAUUGGUGGAAAUAUCAUGGCCCAUGCMUCAACAACAAGAUUGUACUUCAGAAAAGGAAGAGGGGAAACAAGAAUUUGUAAAAUUUAUGACUCGCCAUGUUUGCCUGAGGCAGAGGCAAUGUUUGCCAUUAAUGCAGAUGGUAUCGGUGAUUCUAACGAUUAGCCUUUCAAUUAAUCUUUGUAAAUAUAAAAUUAUGUUUUCUUUAUAACAAAGCCCAGGGCGUGGUGCAAAAAAAAAUAUUCGUACAAAUAUUACUAAUAAUUAGUACCAAAAGGAGGCUAAUGACACUUAUGAUAUAUACUUAUUUUGGUAGUAUUCACAAGUUAAACGAAAGAACUUUCUUUUUUGCCCUUUCUCUCUUCAACCCGGAAAAAAUGGACCCUAAAGUAUUUUAUACUUUCCAGUAGAAUCUCUAAAUAAACCAGUAGUAGAGAUAUAAAUUUUUCAAGCUUAUUUUCUAUGUGUGAGACAUGAUUGACGUCUGGGUGUGAGAAGUCUUUUGGAAGACUGUCACAAAGUUACCUGAUGCUUCAAAGUCAUCUUCAUAGAUGAUCUAUUAUAAUGUCUCUAUGUAAAGUGUGGUUGGCUAUCCUCAUACUAGUAUACAAUCAGAACUUGUAUUUCCUGUAUAAUAAGCAGAUUUGAAAAAAUUCAUAUCACUGUGGCUUUUCAUUGGAAAUUGCUAAUGAUGGWCAAUGAUGGCUUUUUGUUAUAAUGCUGUUGUAGAGAAUAUUGGAGAUUGUCAGACCUGUAUACUAGAGAGUGCACGAUGGUAACUUUAUAUCUUCCAAUAUAAUGUCUCCUUCAUCUCUGCUUAUCUUUAAACCUAAUCUCUGCAUCUUAGCAUCAAAGCCUGAUGAGCAAUGAGCAUUUAUUGAUAGAAACCUCUUAUACAUCUUAUAAGAACCUAGUCAUUGACAGGUGUCUAUCAUUGCAAGCUCACUGAUUGUCUCACUUUGGUUCAAAGGUAUGMCCUUAAGUAUGGUGCAGGUAUGAAUUAGAAUAUUGCCUGCCUAUUGCCAAAUUAAAUKUAUAAAACUCGUGAAACAAAGUUUUGUUAUACAAGUAUAUAAUUAUUAUAAUA